AUGGACAAUUUCACGGAAGUAACAGAAUUCCUGCUCUCAGGGUUUUCAGACAGCUGGGAGCUUCAGAUAUUGCAUGCUGGGCUCUUUCUGUUGAUUUACCUCGCAGCCCUGAUGGGGAACCUCCUCAUCAUGACGGUCCUUACUCUUGAUCAGUGUCUUCACACACCCAUGUACUUCUUCUUGAAGAACCUCUCCUUUUUGGAUUUAUGCUAUGUGUCUGUAACCAUGCCUAAGUCCAUUCACAGCUCCCUGAUGCACAAUAAUUCCAUCUCUUAUCUUGGCUGUGUAGCUCAAGUCUAUUUUUUCUUUGCUUUUGCAUCUGCUGAGCUCGCCUUUCUCACUGUCAUGUCCUAUGACCGUUAUGUGGCCAUUUGCCAUCCCCUCCAAUAUGGAGCCAUGAUGACACCAGAAAAGUGCUACCAGAUGGCAGGCAUAGCCUGGCUAGUUUGUUUUUCAUAUGCUGCAGUCCACACUGGCAAUAUGUUUUGGGAGCCAAUUUCAAGAUCUAACAGGAUUCAUCAGUUCUUCUGUGACAUUCCUCAUGUCCUGGCCCUGGUUUCCUGUGAGGUUUUCUUUGUUGAGUUUUUGACUUUGGCUCUGAGCUCAUGCUUGGUUGUGGGAUGCUUUCUUCUCAUGGUCAUCUCAUAUUAUCAGAUUUUCUUGACAGUGUUCAAGAUCCCAUCAGUAGAGAGCAGAGCAAAAGCCUUCUCCACCUGCUCCCCACAGGUAAUUGUCACUGUGCUCUUCCUCACUACAGGACUAUUUGCUGCUAUGGGACCAAUUGCCAAAUCUUCAUCUAUUCAGGAUUUGGUGAUUGCUAUGGCAUAUACAGUUUUACCCCCUUUUCUGAAUCCUAUCAUAUAUAGUCUUAGAAAUAAGGAGAUCAAAGCAUCUAUAUGGAAAUUAUUCAUAAAGCUCUAUCUUCAAAAAUAG